AUGAGUGAAGUUCAUCUCAGUCAGAGUAAUAAUGUUCAGCUUGAUAACAGCUCUGAGUCAAAGGCAACGUCUGUGGAAGUUGAACCGGAGAAAAAAAUUAAUGGAAACGGCGUAAAUAAUUCUUUCUCUAUGUCAGAUAAUAGGCUGAAAUACUUUGUGAAAGAAGAGAAACAAAUUCUUGAUGUGAGCAAGGUGAUCAAAAGGUUCAAGUAUUUGUUGGGGUUAACAGAUUUGUUUAAACAUUUUAUCAACGCGAAGGCAACAAAGGACCCUGUGAUUAAAGAAGUGUUGAACAAAAUAGAGAACGACAACAGCACGAUUGAAGCAAACAAAAAAAGACGUAAAACGGAGAAAGAGGAGGACUUGGAAUUGUUGAACGAUGAAGAGGACACUCCUACUAUCACAGAAUUCAAUGAGAGUCCAGGUUAUAUUCAUGGUAAAUUGCGUCCGUAUCAAAUUCAAGGUCUAAACUGGUUGAUAUCUUUACAUGAAAAUAAUUUAUCGGGUAUAUUAGCAGAUGAGAUGGGUUUAGGCAAGACAUUACAAACUAUUUCGUUUUUGGGAUACUUGAGAUUUAUGAGAAAUAUUAAUGGGCCCCAUCUAGUCGUCGCUCCAAAAUCGACUUUAGACAACUGGGCAAGAGAAUUUAAUAGAUGGAUCCCCGACAUUAAUGUAUUGGUUUUAAUGGGUGACAAAGAAGAGAGAGCGAAUUUGAUUCAUAAUAGAUUAAUGACCUGUGAUUUCGAUGUGGUGAUUGCCUCAUAUGAAAUAGUCAUUAAAGAAAAGUCAUCUUUCAAAAAAUUUGAUUGGGAAUACAUCAUUAUUGAUGAAGCGCAUCGAAUUAAAAAUGAGGAGUCAUUGCUUUCCCAAAUAAUAAGACUAUUUCAUUCUAAGAAUAGAUUGCUUAUCACAGGUACUCCAUUGCAAAAUAAUUUGCACGAAUUAUGGGCUCUAUUGAAUUUUAUAUUACCUGACGUCUUUGGUGAUAGUGAAGCUUUUGACAGCUGGUUUCAAAACAAAGACGAAGAAGACAAUAUUAUCCAACAAUUACAUAAAGUCUUAAAACCGUUCCUUUUGAGGCGGAUUAAGUCGGAAGUUGAGAAAUCUCUUUUACCUAAAGUAGAGAUGAAUAUAUAUGUGGGCCUCUCUGAUAUGCAAAAGAAGUGGUAUCAAAAAAUACUUGAAAAGGACAUUGAUGCAGUUAAUGGAGCAAAUGGGAAAAAGGAAUCGAAGACAAGGUUAUUAAAUAUUGUUAUGCAGUUAAGGAAAUGCUGCAAUCACCCGUAUUUAUUUGAAGGAGCAGAACCUGGACCUCCGUUCACAACUGAUGAGCAUUUGGUUUACAAUGCUCAGAAAAUGAUCAUUUUGGACAAAUUAUUGAAAAAAUUGCAGAAGGAAGGUUCGAGGGUUUUAAUAUUUUCUCAGAUGAGUCGUAUGUUGGAUAUUUUAGAAGAUUACUCUAUCUUCAGGGAGUUUACCUAUUGCAGAAUUGACGGCCAAACCGAUCAUGCUGAUAGAAUUAAUGCGAUAGAUGAAUUCAACAAACCUGGUAGCGAUAAAUUUCUUUUCUUGUUGACUACAAGAGCUGGCGGUCUUGGUAUCAAUUUGACUACGGCGGAUGUUGUCAUCUUGUUUGAUUCUGAUUGGAAUCCUCAAGCUGAUCUCCAAGCUAUGGAUAGAGCACAUCGAAUUGGCCAAACUAAGCAGGUGAAGGUUUUCCGAUUCGUAACCGAGAACGCUAUUGAAGAGAAAGUUUUGGAAAGAGCUACACAAAAACUAAGGUUGGAUCAAUUAGUCAUUCAGCAGGGCAGGAACUCAAGUAAUGUUCAAAGUAACAAGGCUGCGUCGAAGGGUGAUCUAUUGAACAUGAUUCAAUAUGGAGCAUCAAAUGUAUUUUCAAAAACCGAUGAUGAUCCAGGUUCUACUGAUGAUAUCGAUAUUGAAAAGAUUCUACAAUCAUCAGAGACGAAGACGGAACAGCUUAAUAAAAAGUAUGCGAAAUUGGAUUUGAGUGCGUUGCAACAUUUUUCAAACGAUGAAUCUGUUUAUGAAUGGAAUGGUGAAAAUUUCAAGAAAAAGGAGCCUGCUACUAUUGGGAAUAUUGGACAUGCAUGGAUCAACCCAGGUAAGAGAGAGCGUAAGGAAAAUUAUUCCAUUGACAUGUACUAUAAAGACGUUCUCAACACUGGUAAUAGGUCAGCACCCAAAUCGGGCCCACGUCCGCCAAAGCAAUUGAAUUUAUAUGAUCAUCAGUUCUACGCACCCAAGUUGUUUGAAUUAUAUGAGUUGGAGAAGAAUUUUUAUAAAAAGCAGACACGAUAUCAAGUUCCGCUCAGAGCUGGCGCCCCCAAGACAUUAAGAGAAAGACAAUUAGAACAAAAACUUGAGCAGGACGAAAUAGAUAAUGCAAGGCCGUUAACUGAAGAUGAAAAGCAGCUAAAGGAAGAGCUAUUAUCUCAAGGCUUUUCAAAUUGGAAUAGGAAAGAUUUCAAUCAUUUUAUUCUGUUGAAUACCAAGUACGGUAGAAAUGCAAUAAGUGCAAUUGCUGCUGAAUUUGAUGACAAAACAGAGGAUGAAGUGAGAGAAUACGCUCAAAAUUUUUGGACUGAUUAUAAGGAAAUAGAAGGGUACGAAAGAUAUAUAAGCCAGAUUGAAGCCGGAGAAGAAAGAAUACUAAAAAUAAAGUUGCAAAAAGAAUCCUUGAGAAGGAAAUUGGCUCAGUAUAAGUAUCCCUUGCAAGAGCUCAAACUUAAGUACCCACCAUCAUCUUCGAAUAAGAAAACGUUCAGUGAAGAAGAGGACAGAUUUUUAUUGGUACAAUUGUACAGAUUUGGUCUUGAUAAACCAGACGUUUAUGAUAAGAUUAGAGACGCGAUUAGAGACUCACCGUUGUUUCAAUUUGAUUUUUUUCUUCAAAGCAGGAAUUCCAGUGAAAUCUCAAGAAGGUGCACGACUUUAUUGGCAUGUAUAACAAAGGAAAUAAACCCAGAUACAAUGAAGAGAAAGAAAGGAGGACCUUCUUCAUCUGCUAGUAAGAAACAGAAAACAAAUUAA